AGCCCCGGUAUAAAUUCCUGCUCUGCUUCUUGACCAGCUCUUGCUCGGGACAUUCAGUUAAUUUUUUCAUCUUCAGGUGACGCUCUGCAUUUUAUCAGCGUAAACAGUCACAAUGCCGUCUGAUCUGGAGAGAGCGAUGGAGACGCUGAUCACAGUGUUUCACCGUUAUGCGAGCAAAGAGAGUGGAACAUCAACAUUAAAUCGCAGAGAGCUCAAAUUGCUGAUGGAGACCGAGUUGUCUAGCUUUCUGAAGUCUCAGAAGGACCCUGCUGCUGUAGACAGGAUUAUGAGGGAUUUAGACACUAAUGGCGAUGGAGAGGUGAAUUUUGAAGAGUUUGUGUCUCUUGUGGUGGGCCUGUCCAUUGCCUGCGAACAGCUCUACCAGAUGAAGCAGAAGCAGGGGGCAGGGGGUGUCAAAAAGCAAUAAAAGAUGACUGUUCUGUCAUUUUGUUAAUAGAGAUUAAAAGCCACAUGCCUCAAUUUGAAGUUGUUACUACAAUUUCACUGUAUGCAUGUAAAGGAGGAUGUUUUUUCAGUUUUGUUAAGUGCUGUUCAAUUUUAUUUUCAACUCUUUGUAAGUAUUAGCAUUAGACACAAAAGAAAUCAUCCACAGAAGUCCCGUAACUUCCACCACAGAAAUAAACACUUUGUUUAUAUA